CUUAGCAGUCUUCAGCGCCCAAGACUGCUAGCGCCAAGCGCUCGUAAACCCGAAACCCCAGCUGUCAAUUCGGGCAUUGCGUUUUGCUGCUAGCUGCGCGAUAGCCGUAGGAUGAUAGAUCUUACGCUGUCCAGCGACGAGGAGGAGGCCCGGUCACCCAAGCGGCAGCGAGUGCAAACGCAGCCACAGACGCCUGCAGAACGCGUAGGCAGCCUCCAGGCGCCAGCGCAGGCCGCAGCCGCUGCAGCUCCCGCGACGGCUGCAGCUUCCGCGGUGCCGUGGCCCGUUGGCGAGUCUUUCGGCAGCCUCGGCUUGGACGGGCAUGAUGCUGACGGUGACUGGGACUACUCAGGCACAAGGGGCGGUGUGGCGGCGGCGGGCCCGGGCCCAAGCAGCCAAGCGCUAGCCGCAGCCGCCGCAGCCGCCGCAGCCGACGGUCGCGGCGGAGGUGGCAAGGGCGGCAAUGCAGCGGGAGCUAGAGCCGGAGCCGUUGUUACGGAAGGCGGAGACCGGCGCGGGGGCUCGGGGCGGCGGCGAGCACAGCUGGGCGGCGGCGGCGGUGUGGACGAUGACGAUGGCGACUGGGAGCCGGAGGAUGACCAUGACAGGCGGGUGCUGGCCGGCACGACGGCAGCGGCCGGGACAGCUGGUGGUGGUGGCGGCGGUGGUGGUGCGUGGGGAGGUGAAGAACGUGACGACGAUGAUGACGGGGGGGAUACGGAGGCGGAGGAGGAGGCAGCGGGCGGCGCCGCCACGAAGAAGAGGGGCCAGGCGGGCGCGGGCGGGCGCAAGCGGCUCACGGCGGAAGAGCGCGAGCGGGCCAAGGCGGAGAAGGCGGAGGAGAAGGAGCGGGCAAAGGCGGCCAAAGCGGCGGAGCGGGAACGUGCCAAGGCGGCGAAGGAGGCGGAAAAGGAAGCCAAGAAGGCGGCGAAGGAGGCGACGAAGCGCGCCAAGGAGGCUGACAAGGAGGACAAAAAGUACCAGAAGGAGGUGGAAAACGCGCUCAAGGCCAGCAUGGUGCCGCGCUACCUGCGCCUGCUGCUGUCCAACACACUGGCCGCACACCCGCUGGGGAUGGCAAUGCAGACGCACGCGCCUGUGGCUCGUGAGGGCCGGCACGAGACGUUCGAGGUGGAGGUGCACCGCGGCAUGCCGCUGGCGGCGGCUGGGUACAGGUACUGCAUGUGGGGCAUGCGGGUGCCGGCGGGCGCGGCGGAGCGGCUGACGGCGGUGGCGGGUGGUGGUGCUGGUGGUGGUGGUGCUGAGGGCUGUGCGCUGGAGCCGUGCGGCCUUCCGGACGUAGCGGGGACCGGCAAGCCGCUGCUGCUGUUUCCGCUGCUGGCGCUGGUGCUGCUGGGCGACGAGCUGCUGAGGCACCUGGAGGCGGACACAGCCGCCGCCGCCGCCGCAGGAGCAGGCGCAGCAGCAGCAGCAGGAGCAGCAGGGGCAGGCACAGGAGCAGCAGCGGCAGCAGGCGCAGCAGGAGCGGGGUCGGGGCGGGUGGGGCCGCGGGGCCCGCUGUCGCGGCUGUACGGGGAGGUGGCUGCUGCGCACCCGGGCUGCACGCUGCUGGUGUACGUGGUGGGGCUGCAGGAGGCCAUGAGCAGGAGGCAGCGGGCCAACAAGGCCUUCCCGCGCGAGGCCGUUGAGGACCUGCUGUUCGACAUCACUGUGGGCAUGCCGGCGGUCAGGCUGCACACGGACUGCCCUGACGGCGACUGGGCCCACGCCGCCACCUUCCUGGUCAACUACGGCUGGGCGCUGGCGGGUGCGCCCAAGAAACGCCAGGCGGCGCAGCCGGGCUACCUAAACAACUUUGGAAACAAGUCCACCAUCCCGCUGCGAGUCAUCAAGGACGUCCUCCGCGACCGAGCCGCAGCGGCCGCAGCAGCCGACGACGACGACGAGGCGGAGUCGCUGGUGCCGGCGCUGGUGCUGUGCGACGCGCUGUCGCAUCUGGUAGUGCCGCAGAGCGCGGCGGCGGUGGCGGCGGAGUACGGGUCGCUGGGGGCGAUCAUCGAGGCGCUCAAAGCCAGGCCGGAUGCCCGCUCCCGCGAGCGCCUGCUAGAGAACUGCCCCAUCCCGGGCGCCGUGGCUGGCAAGCAGCGCCUGACGCGGGCGGGUCCGGCGGCGGCCGCCAGCCUGGCUAGGUUCCUCACCAUACACAACGGCCGAGACGUGUGGGUGGAGGCGGGGCUGGAGUAGCGGCGGAGGUGGCGGCGUGUGCGGAGUAUGUUAGCAGCGGUGCGGAGUUUGUUGGCAGGGGUGCGCACCUGGCAAAUCGGUGGGAGGUCGGCGGGUUGGCGUGGGGGUUGGGUUAUGUGCCCGAGCCGAAUAGCUGCUGGACGGAGCUGGGUGGGGAUCGAGCUGGGUGUUUGAGAGCACAGAGACGCUGGGUGUGUGCGGGUUUGGGAAUCGUGUGCAUGCAGCAACGCCCGCCUCAUGCAACAGGGCAGGUGGGAACGAGCGGGGUUAACGAACAUCUGCUGCUGGGAUGGAGGGGGUAGGGCGUAUGCGUGGUGGUGGCGGCAAAAAGCUGUGGCUAGGGCGGGUGCAGUCUGAGGUGUGGUAAUAGGAGGUACCGCAGUGCGGCGGCAGUAGGCGCUGCUGCUGCCAUGCAGUUGACAAACACCGUAAGCACGGCGGGUGGAGCGGCAUGUAUGGGUGGGGUCGUGGUAGCCUAAACUUGCAGGACUGGUUUGUUUACGUAUGCGUACGUGCACAGACACGGCACCGCGCUGAAUGCACGCUCCUUCGGCAAACAUUAUCCUUACAAUUCGUUUGGCCCAUCGAGACGACUGCGCUACUAUCAUAUCGGGCGUUGCAACAAUGACAAAUGCC